AUGGCUACGGUGCCGCCGGGCCCGGAGCCGUGGAACCGCGUAAAGAUCCCGAAGGCGGGGAGCCACAGCACAGUGACGGUACCGGACCCCGAUGCGGCGCUGGACCUUUGUGUUGCAGCUGUAAUUAGAGAAUGUGGUCUUGUUACACUGUCACUGAAGAGCCAAACCCUGGAUGCAGAAACAGAUGUGCUAUGUGCAGUCCUUUACAGCAAUCACUACAGGAUGGGCCACCACAAGCCCCAUUUAGCCCUCAAACAGGUUGAACAAUGUUUAAAACGUUUGAAAAACAUGGAUUUGGAGGGUUCAAUUCAACAUCUGUCUGAGUUGUUUUCUUCCAAUGAAAAUCAUCGUGUAACUACCGAAGCAUAUGUCAUCCCUAGCCAACCAGUGGUUGAAUUGGUGCUCAUGAAGAUUUUGGGAGCCUGCAAGUUGUUACUUCGCCUCUUGGACUGUUGCUGCAAGACAUUUCUCUUGACUGUGAAACAUCUAGGUUUACAAGAAUUCAUUAUUUUAAACCUUGUGAUGGUUGGGCUGGUGAGCAGGUUAUGGGUUCUCUAUAAAGGUGUUUUAAAAAGGCUGACUUCUUUAUAUGAGCCAUUGUUUGGAUUGCUUCAUGAAGUCUCUAGGAUUCAACCACUGCCUUACUUCAAAGAUUUUACCUUUCCUUCUGAUAUUGCCGAAUUUUUAGGACAGCCCUAUUUUGAGGUCUUUAAGAAAAAAAUGCCCACAGCUUUUGCAACUACUAAAGGAGUAACUAAAUUGUUAAAUAAACUGUUUUUAACAAAAAAUCAAUCACCAAGGUCUAGCAAAGAAACUGUACACAGAAUUUCCAAAAAAGCUAAGCAAAUGAAGAUCAAUAUACAGAAUAAUGUGGAUCUUGGACAGCCAGUAAAGAGUAAGAAAAUCUUCAAAGAGAAGUCAUCAGAAUUUGAUUUGAGAGCUUUCUGCAAACAGCUGAAGCACAAGGCUAUUCAGGAGACCAGCGUUAAAUGUUCUCAGUCCAAACUAAAGGCAACCAAACAUUCUUCUCAGAGAGCAUCAGGAACUCCCUGUGCCAAAAGUUUUGUGCAAAGAUUUCGAGGGGCUAAGACUUUCACUCAACUUUCUGAAGAAAUCCAAAUGGCAAUUUUGUGGUGCAGGAGCAAAAAACUCAAGGCUCAGGCCUCCUUCCUGGGUAACAAACUUCUUAAAAGUAACCGGCUUAAACAUGUGGAAGCUCAAGGCCAUGGUUUACCAAAGAAACUAAAGUGCAUAAAAGCAUCUAUUUGCAACUGCCUUCUUCGUGGCUCAGGAAUCAAGACUUCAAAGCAUCAUUUGAGACAAAGAAGAUCUCAGAGUAGAUUUUUACUGGGACAGAAGAGACUGCAGAGAAAGUUGCAGUUGACUCUUUCAAAGGAAAUUCAACAGUCCCCUCAAGGGAUGCAGAAUGCUACAGAUAGCAGAAAAUGGAAACGCUCACACUGUUCAGUUCAUAGAACUGAUCUCUACCCCAACAAUAAGCAACUCUUGAGGAGCAGAGUUUCAAAUCCUGUCAUACAAACUAAAGAGAAACAAAUUCAUGAAAACCUUACAGGAAACAAUGAAAAUGAAGUGAAUUCAUGGACAGUGAUGCAAAUGAACAAACAUAAUACAUCAGGAACCAUUAAGGAGACAGAUGACAUUGAUGAUAUUUUUGCCUUAAUGGGUGUUUAA